CCCCGAUGGCAAGCAGUCCUUUACAUGUUAAAUAGGUUACAGUAUAUCCUAGAUACAAUAUAUGUUUGCAGAACCGAACAGUUUUCUUGUUGCACAGGGAGAAAUGAAUUCAGAAGGUAGAAAUAACCCGGGAAGAAAAACAAAAAUGCAGAUAGUUCACAUUCGUUUCCCAGUGUUCCUUCUCUGGGUGUAGCUACUUCUGUCCAUCAUUUAUCAAUUGAAACUCAGUUAGGUCUCUUUAUCAAAGAAAUCCACUUCCAUCAGAAUACAUCCUCAAACAGUAUCGUUGUCGAAGUGUAUAAUGAUCUCCUGGUUCUGCUCAUUUCACUUAGCAUCAGUUCAUGGAAGUCUCGCCAGUCCUCUCUGUAUUCAUCCUGCUGGUCAUUCCUUACAGAACAAUAAUAUUCCAUAACAUUCAUAUACCACAAUUUACCCAGCCAUUCUCCAACUGAUGGGCAUCCAUUCAUUUUCCAGUUUUUAGCCACUACAAACAGAGCUGCCACAAACAUUUUGGCACAUACAGGUCCCUUUCCCUUCUUUAGUAUCUCUUUGGGGUAUAAGCCCAGAAGAAACACUGCUGGAUCAAAGGGUAUGCACAGUUUGAUAACUUUUUGAGCAGAGUUCCAAACUGCUCUCCAGAAUGGUUGAUCAUUUCACAACAUCACCAACAAUGUAUCAGUGUGUCAGUUUUCCCACAUCCCCUCCAACAUUCAUUAUCUUUUUCUGUCAUCUUAGCCAAUCUGACAGGUGGGUAGUGGUAUCUCAGAGUUGUCUUAAUUUGCGUUUCUCUGAUUAAUAAUGAUUUGGAGCCUAUUUUCAUGUGUAAUUUGCAUUUCUCUAGUUUCAUUUCUUUGUCUGAAAACUGCCUGUUUGUAAACUUUAGCUAUCAAUUUUUCUUUUUUUGGGGGGGGAGGGGCUUGUGUUCUUAUAAAUUUGAUUCAGUUCUCUAUAUAUUUGAGAAGUGAGGUCUUUAUCAUAGAAACUUGAGUUUAUAUAUAUUUAUAUACACACACACACAUAUACACAAGGUCUUUAUCAUAGAAACUUGUGUUUUUAUACAUUCUAUGUAUGUGUGUGCGUGUGUGACACGCGCGCACACACACACACACAUUUCCUCCCCUCUCAGUUCUCUGCUUUCCUGCCUUCACUGGCUUUGUUUGUCUAAUUCGCUGUAACUAAAACUGCCAUGUUCCAUCCCAUGAAGCUCCCUCUCCCUUGUUUGACCAUAAACACUCCCCUUGGCCACAGUUUUAACCGGUAGCUAGUUCGUGCUUCCUAUAAUUUGCCCGUAUCACCUCUCACAUAGAAAUCACGCGCUCAUUCUGCCCUUCUCUUGGAGUAGUAUAUCGCGUUGUUCUUACCUAGUUUCUGCCAAACUGCUUUUGAGUUUUCCCUGAAUUUUUUAUUUAUUUAUUUAUUUUAUUCAUUCAUUUAUUUUUGUCAGGGAGUUUCGUCCCCAAAGCUUGGGUCUUCGAUUUAAAAGCAUCAGAAUACUGUGGUCAUUUGCCGUUAUGUGCUAUGUACACGAUCUAUUUCACUGAUCCACCGCUCUAUGCCUUUGCCAGUACCAUAAAGUUAUUGAUAAAACACAGGGCAGCCGUAUUUUGUAACGUUUAAAUCUGCUGUCUCUUUUUCUUUUUCUCUUUCCUAAACAAUUCUGCACUUGGGAAAGUUAACGAAAACGAGUUCUGGGACCCAUAGGCUCCGGAGACUCGACAUUCUCUGCAGACCGAUUGCUUUGGCCUUGAUGAAUCGAUGGUUCCCAGGGGCGGUUAGAUUGCUCCUGCCUGAUCCGUCACUGCCGCCGGGUUGGGACGAGAAGCGGGAGUUUUGACGGGCGGGAGGCUCGGCUCCUAUCCCGUCCGCUGUCAGGCUCGCUGGGUCGGAGGAGGCCGCCAUGUCCGAGGCCUACUUCCCGGUGGAGUCGGGGGCUCUGGGGCCCGAGGAGAACUUCCUAUCUUUGGACGACAUCCUGAUGUCGCACGAGAAGUUGCCGGCCCGAACCGAGACGGUCCUGCCUCGCCUGGGAGCCUUCUUUUUGGAGCGAAACAGCAGCGGAGGCAGCGGCGGAGAAAGCGACCACGGCAUCCCUGAGGGCUCAAAAUUGGAAAUCCCUCUGUGGCUGGCAAGAGGACUUUAUGACAACAAAAGACGGAUCCUUUCUGUGGAGCUCCCCAAGAUCUAUAAAGAGGGCUGGAGGACGGUGUUCAGUGCUGACGCCAAUGUGGUUGAUCUCCAUAAAAUGGGCCCCCAUUACUAUGCCUUUGGCUCUCAGCUCCUGCAUUUUGACAGUCCAGAGAAUGCAGAUGUGUCUCAGACUCUUUUACAGACAUUUAUCGGACGUUUUCGCCGCAUCAUGGACUCCUCUCAGAAUGCCUACAACGAAGACACUUCCGGCUUGGUAGCCCGGCUGGAUGAGCUGGAGCGGGGCUUGUUUCAGACAGGCCAGAAAGGGUUGAAUGACUUUCAGUGCUGGGAGAAGGGUCAGGCUUCUCAGAUCACAGCUUCUAGCCUGGUUCAGAAUUACAAGAAGAGAAAAUUCAACGACUUGGAAAGCUGAAAGCACAAAGGACACCGUGGCUACGGGGGACACUUAGAUGAUACUAAAGAUGAUUCCAGUGAGACUAACUGACCAUGUACAGAGAAAAGUUUUUCCUCCAUUUUAUCAAUUGUGUCUUGAAAUCAAUUCUGGAUGGGGAUUGUUCUGUUGGGGAAGGAUGAGUUUUGGAAGAAGAUGGCCCUUAGCCAGACAGUCCGUCCACAGUAUGGAAAUUAUCUCUUGGCUAUUUUGCAGCCCAGACUUAGUUAUUCCAGGAGUUUACAGUAGCGUUCAUGGAUGUCUGCACAAAAAGCCUUCCAAGUAAGACUCUACUAUCCCAAACUGCUGCUUACCUUAGAAUUCUAAGCACUUGGGCCUAAGGCCUUGGAACACUUUCGAGUCCCCAUGUCUAGGAACUGCUGAGUGAGCAUAGGGACGCAUCGUACCCAUAUUCAAAAAAUCUCACCACUGUUGCCUGAAGGUAAUUUUCUUCCACUCCUUAUUUUAUUAAAAAAAAAAAAAAGCCAAAACCACAAACAUACAA